AUGGCAGUGUCAUCCACAAAUGUUUCAGUUACUUGGCGAUUUGCCGAUGCGACGUGCGCCUUCCCCUCGACGACUAUCAAUUCUGCGCUCAUUGCACUCACGGCUGCUAAGCACAUUGGCUUCACCGUCGCCACCACCGUCGCCGUCGUCGUCACUAUGGGUCAGUUUAAAUGUUGCUGCGUAGGCACUUUGUGGAGUAGCGUUUUUUUGCUACUCGUCACAAUCGGCUACCGGAGUGGAAGCGGAAGUGGCACGCUCGUGUUUGCACAAGGCCAUAAUCAACCAGAUGAGCCGGAGCCCGAGUUCUUGGCGCAAUUGACCAACUUUACAGUGCCGCAAGGGCGCGACGUCUCAUUCACGUGCGUCGUCAACAACUUGGGCCAGUACCGGGUUGCAUGGAUUAAAUCCGACUCCAAAGCAAUACUCGGCAUUCACACCCAUAUGGUGUCACUUAAUCCCAGAUUAUCAGUGACACACAAUGGUCACAACACCUGGAAACUUCACAUAUCCCACGUACAGCUCAACGACUCGGGCAGUUACAUGUGCCAAGUGAACACAGAUCCCAUGAAGAGUCUGUCUGGCUAUUUGGAUGUUGUAGUGCCGCCUGACAUUUUGAAUCAUCCCGAGCAAAACCUUGAAGAGGGUAUCAGCAACGAGGGCGGCACAAUACUACUGAUUUGUAGUGCCACAGGAGUCCCUGAGCCGACAGUACAAUGGAGACGCGAGGGCGCUAAAGACAUAGUCCUACGAACGGAGACAAGAGAGAAGCAAGUGGUCAAAUCAGUGGAGGGCGAGAAGCUGGUAUUGACGAAUGUACAUCGCACUGACAUGGGCGGAUAUUUGUGUAUUGCCUCGAAUGGUAUACCGCCGUCCGUGAGCAAGCGCUUCGACGUGCAUAUCAAUUUUCCUCCGUCAAUUAAGGCUGUCAAUCAGUUGCUAGGCGCCCCCGUUGAACGUGAAGUCACACUCGAAUGCAUUGUGGAAGUGUAUCCGAAACCGCUCAAUGGCUGGUAUCGCAAUGAAGGUAACUUGAAGCUGCACAGUAGCAACAAGUACAACAUAUCGGAGGCCAUGAUUAACUUGUACACGUGGCAUCUCAACCUGACAAUACGUCAUCUGACAAAGGCCGACUUUGGCGCCUAUAGUUGUUCCAGUGUCAAUGCGUUGGGCAAAAGCGAAGCACGGAUACGGCUGCAAGAACUGCGAUUGCCGCCCAAGCCGACAACGACGCCAACACCGUACGUGCAUACCACACCGAAACCCCGCCGCAAACCGCCAACCAACCAUCAGAACAAAGGACUCAACGAAGUGGUGCGCGCGAAGGAGACACAUCAAACCACAAAUCAAAUGCAGGAAAAUGACAUAUACGUCGGUCUGGGCGGCACAGGUGGUGCCGUUUUUGGCGGCGGUAGUGCCGUUAGCGGCAAUGGGGCGUUGGGCGAUGCUGCAGGCGUUGCCCUGAGCAACAGCAACAUCAACGGCUUGACAAACGGAGCGGAAGUUCACACACAACUACCAACCCGCAAUGGUGGCGCUGUCGGCAGCGGCUACGAAAAAUCGUACAAAUCGUCAUCGCCCGGUAUCGUGCCCUCACCGCGUUCUCCCUGGGUUUUCGCCAACGGCGUAGCACCACAAAUGCACUUCAGCGCACAACGACUACUGCUGGCUGCAAAUACGUUUACACUAUUUUACGUUGCAUUAUCCCUGUUCAAAUUUAUAUCGAAUGAGUUGUCCGUUGCCACAGUUGCCGCCACGACACUAUGGCAAGCGAAUGGCUGA